AUGUCCGCAAAAAUGUUAUUGUAUACAAUUAAUAAAGAAACAUUGCAAAAAUCUCCUUUUGUCGAUAUAGAAGGUGUAACUAUACUUAAUUUUCGGCAGAUAGUGGAACAUGAAGAUAGACCAGGACAAACAUUGAUACAUUUCAAGGCACCAAAUAUAAAAGCUUACCCACUGCGUAUAAAUACUAAACAGCAUAUACAAGAGCAUGGAAUUUCUCAAGUCAAUUGCAUGAGAAUGUUGGAAAAGUUCGUUAUUGAAAAGGAUAUUUACAACACCAACAAUAGCAAUGGAAAUGGCGACAAACGCUUGAAAGUGAUCACACGCCGUCAUGUUCUAAUGCGUAUUUUAACUGCACCAUUUUUUGUUAGUGAAAUGCCAAUUAUUGUUAUAAGGCACAAGCAUAUUAUUUACAUGUCUUUGGUAAAAAGGAUAUGUCCGACAUCUGCACUUGGCAAAAUGCAUCAUGAAUUCGCAGAUUAUUGUGAAACCAAUUUUGCAGCGACAAAUCCAUCUGAUGAAGUUCAAGAUAAUCAUAAAGGAUUUUUUAUUUAUGGCGCCAAAUUCGGAAAUUUAGAUUUUCUUUAUUCUGCUGAAGCCAGCGCUGUAAUGAGUGAUGAGGAGGUUGAACAUGUAACCAAUAUUGUCGAAUUGAAUAGUUGCUGCUUCAUUUCUGUCAAUAUUAUGACUGAGCGGAAGUUUGCCUAUUGGAUGAAAACCACUACCGUAUUUAAAUGGUGGUGCAAGGCAUAUCUUUCGAAUAUAGAAAAAAUUUUCAUUGGAUUCCGAAAUGAUCAUGGCGUUAUAAAUCAACCGGGGUUAUUGAAGGAUAUAACGGAUUUGGAAAAGGAACAACAUAGACGCAUUCAUAUAUCUAAAGCAUUUUUGAAUAAGUUUCUAAAUUUAGUUGCGGAUACUACAGAAAAUUAUGAUAGCCCUGACACAAUUAUUAAAUACAGUUUUGAUAAGCAGGGUAACAUAGAGUGCAGCGUCCAUAGCACCGACGAGUUCUCUAUGUUUAGCGCUGAUUUUACUGCCUACAUGCGCGAACAAGCUAAUUAAAUUUCGUUUGUAUUGGUUGAACCUUCACAGCGUUGUGAACAUAAUUAUAAAGGAUAUUGCAAGUUUCUACUUUUUUUCAACAAACUUUGAAUUUCGAACUAUAAAAAUUUAUUUUUUUUUUUAACACUGCCUGUAAAAAAAUUUAUGUUUCGUGUAUGUAUUGUUAAUAACAAAACUUGUAACAUCCACUCACUACAAGACAAGCGCAUAGAAAGACACAAAUAAAUAUUGCCCACUAAAACAACAA